UGUGGGGAGGGAUGAGAGUGUGUGCGGACCCCCUCCUCUUCCUCCUCCUCCUCCUCCUCCUCAGCUCAACUCAGCAGUGCGGGGAUUAGGAGAAGCAGCUCCGCUCAGUCACCGCCGACAGACGGAGGGAUUGCAAUAAGCGUGAAUCAUGCUCGUCGUCAUUACUACCGGCUGGGAGUGGAGCCGAAAUUGUGCAAGAUACGGAUAACAGCUUUGGAGAGCUCCGUGCGCGCCGAGUCUCGCUUCCAGGUUUCUCAAUAUUUGCGCCGUGAAAAUGUCUCACCGGGAGACCCGCUGCUGCCGCCGCCGAAGCUGCUGCUCGGACCUUCUUCACCUCACAUGUGUUUCAUCUUGAAGAAGAAGAAGAAGAAGUGACCUGGACAAACCUGUGAGGAGUCUGCGAGAGGAGACAACCAAAUAAAAGAGGAUAUUUUCUCCUUUUUUUUUCUCGCCGUGCGGAGAUUUUUUUUUCCUCAAGUGGACGAAGAAAGGAGUGAGGGGGGAGUAAGGGGAAAAAGUUGAGAGGAAACAUGGGGAACGCAGGGAGCAUGGACCAGCACACUGAUUUCAGGGGACACAACAUGCCUCUGAAACUGCCCAUGCCGGACCCAGGUGAACUGGAGGAGAGAUUUGCAAUCGUUCUGAACUCGAUGAAUCUUCCUCCAGACAAAGCGCGGCUGUUGCGGCAGUAUGACAAUGAGAAGAAAUGGGAACUAAUCUGCGAUCAGGAACGAUUCCAAGUGAAAAACCCGCCUCACACGUACCUCCAAAAGCUGAGGAGUUAUCUAGACCCAGCAGUCACUAGAAAGAAAUUCAGACGGAGGGUACAGGAGUCCACCCAAGUCCUGAGAGAACUGGAAAUUUCGUUACGGACCAAUCAUAUAGGGUGGGUGAGGGAAUUCCUAAAUGAAGACAACAAGGGCUUGGACGUGCUGGUGGAGUAUCUGUCUUUUGCACAGUAUGCCGUCACUUUUGAUGGCGAAAGCGUGGAGAACAACCCAGAGGCUGCGAUGGAUAAGUCUAAGCCGUGGAGCCGCUCUAUAGAAGACCUGCAUGGAGGAAGCACCCUGCCGUCUCCCAUCACUGGGAACGGUAUCACCCGAGUUGGGCGACAUUCCACGUUACGUUGCAACACACUGCCGAGCCGGAGAACGCUUAAAAACUCCAGACUAAUCUGCAAGAAAGACGACGUCCACGUCUGCAUCAUGUGCCUGCGCGCUAUCAUGAACUACCAGUAUGGCUUCAACAUGGUCAUGUCACACCCACAUGCUGUGAAUGAAAUUGCACUAAGCCUCAACAAUAAGAACCCCAGAACUAAAGCUCUGGUUUUGGAGCUCCUGGCGGCAGUUUGUCUCGUGAGAGGAGGCCACGAAAUCAUUCUCUCUGCGUUCGACAACUUUAAGGAGGUAUGUAUGGAGGACCAGCGGUUUGAGAGGCUAAUGGAGUAUUUCAAGAACGAGGACAACAACAUUGACUUCAUGGUGGCGUGUAUGCAGUUCAUCAACAUCGUGGUGCAUUCAGUGGAGGACAUGAACUUCAGAGUUCAUCUACAGUACGACUUCACCAAGCUGUGUUUGGACGACUACUUAGAUAAACUAAAACACACAGAGAGUGACAAGCUGCAGGUCCAGAUCCAGGCUUACCUGGAUAACGUGUUUGAUGUGGGAGCUUUACUGGAGGACGCCGAGACCAAAAAUGCUGCCCUGGAGCGGGUGGAGGAGCUGGAGGAGAACAUGUCACAUAUGACAGAAAAGCUGCAGGACAUGGAGAAUGAGGCCAUGUCCAAGAUUGUGGAGCUGGAGAAGCAACUGAUGCAAAGGAACAAGGACCUGGAGUCCAUCAGGGAAGUCUACAAAGACACCAGCUCGCAGGUGCUCUCGCUUCGGCAGAUGCUGAAGGAGAAGGACGAGGCCAUCCAGCGACAGAGCAACCUGGAGAAGAAGAUCCACGAGCUGGAGAAGCAGGGGACCAUCAAGAUCCACAAAAAGGGCGACGGAGACAUCUCAAUCCUACCGUCUCCGCCCUCUGGGGUGGAGGGUGCACCGGGUGCUUUAACUGGAAACAUCACAGUUGUCGGUCCAAACCAUGUAGGAGGUGGAGCAGGUACAGCAGCUCCACCUCCACCACCUCCACCUCCUCCGCUGCCAGUGAACGGCACAUUGCCAAAUGGACCAUCAUCAGUAAUUCCAGCAGCAGCUCCACCACCUCCGCCGCCACCUCCUCCACCUCCCCCUCCACCCCCAGGACUCCCCUCAGAGAUAUCAGCCCCUCUGCCUCCUCCGCCUCCACCUGUAGCGCCCCCGCUGCCGGGCUGUGGGACGGCCACUGUCAUCAUGAACUCUGGGUUAGCAGAGGGACCCAUCAAACUUUUCUCUGUUAAGAUCAAGAAACCCAUCAAGACAAAGUUCCGUAUGCCCGUCUUCAACUGGGUGGCCCUGAAACCAAACCAGAUCAAUGGGACUGUCUUCAAUGAGAUUGAUGAUGAGCGGAUACUCGAGGACUUGAAUGUCGACGAGUUUGAAGAGAUGUUUAAGACGAAAGCUCAGGGCCCAUCGAUCGACUUCACCAUGAGCAAGCAGAAGGUCAUCCAGAAGAUGCCCAACAAGGUGGCGCUGCUGGACUCAAACAGGGCAAAGAACUUGGCCAUCACACUGAGGAAAGUGGGGAAGACAUCGGAAGAGAUCUGCAAGGCCAUUCAGCUGUUCGACCUACGGACUCUGCCGGUGGACUUUGUGGAGUGUCUAAUGCGCUUCCAGCCCACAGACAAUGAGAUUAAAGUCCUGCGGCAGUUCGAGAAGGAGCGCAAGCCUCUCGAAAGCUUGACGGAUGAGGACCGCUUCAUGAUGCAGUUCAGCAAGAUCGAGCGGCUCAUGCAGAAGAUGACCAUCAUGGCCUUCAUCGGCAACUUCACAGAAAGCGUGCAGAUGCUCACGCCGCAACUACACGCAGUGAUUGCAGCAUCUGUAUCCAUCAAGUCAUCACAGAAACUGAAGAAGAUUCUAGAGAUUAUCUUAGCACUUGGAAACUACAUGAACAGCAGCAAAAGGGGAGCAGUGUACGGAUUCAAGCUGCAAAGUUUAGACUUGCUGCUUGAUACCAAGUCGACGGACCGUAAAAUAACAUUGUUACACUACAUAGCCAACGUAGUAAAAGAGAAAUACACACAGGUUUCUCUCUUCUACAACGAGCUGCACUAUGUGGAGAAAGCUGCAGCAGUGUCGCUGGAGAAUGUCCUGCUGGAUGUCAAGGAGCUGCAGAGAGGCAUGGAGCUGACCAAAAGAGAGUACAGCAUGCAUGGCCACAACACCAUGCUCAAAGACUUCAUCACGCACAACGAGAGCAAGCUGAAGAAGCUGCAGGACGAUGCCAAGAUUGCACAGGAUGCCUUUGACGAGGCAGUGAAGUUCUUCGGGGAGAACUCCAAAACCACACCGCCAUCUGUCUUUUUCCCUGUGUUCGUACGAUUUGUUAAGGCCUACAGGCAAGCGGAAGACGACAACGAGCAGAGGAAGAGGCAGGAGCAGAUAUUGAUGGAGAAACUCCUAGAGCAAGAGAUGAUGAUGGAGGAGGACCAGAAGUCUCCGUCCCAUAAGAACAAGCGGCAGCAGCAAGAGCUGAUCCAGGAGCUCAGGAGGAAGCAGGUGAAAGACAGCCGGCAUGUCUACGAAGGCAAAGACGGAGCGAUCGAGGACAUCAUCACGGUGCUGAAGACCGUGCCCUUUACCGCCCGCACGGCCAAGCGUGGCUCUCGGUUCUUCUGCGAGCCCGCUCUCAAUGAGGAGUACCAUUACUAAGCUUAUAGAACUCUGUCUCUUCUCAAAGAUUUGAGGAAUCAGCCUUACAGGCGGGCGGAUGCCGUGCGGAGGAGUGUCAGGAGACGCUUUGAUGAUCAGAACCUGCGGCCGGUGAACAAUGGCGAAGUGGUCAUGUGACGAGGGAGAAGUGCAUGUGCAAGGGGGGGGGAGGGACGGGGAGAAGGUGGCGAGGAUGUCAAGAAAGGGAUCGGUAGAAAGUAACACAGAGUGAAGGAUGAUGAGUAUGUAUAUAUCUUACAUAAGAAUACACGAUAUUCUAUGUCUGUGCUAUAGUAGCAGCGUUUCACUAUGAAGGACUGGAACAUGUAUGGACUGAAUCUGAAGUGUCUGAAAGGUUGAUUGAGAAACCUUAGACAAGCUAAGUGCCUGAAACUUAUUCGUGUGGUCUCACGUCACGCCGUCUUCUGUUUGUCUGAUGACUUUUUUUUUUUUUUUUUUUAAUAAUCCCAACUUCAAGCAAUACAACUUGACCUGGCUUUAAUGUUAAGAUGUGUAAAAAAAAAAACUGGACAUGCAGUGGCCUUGAGAGCCACGUGAAAAGAUGUUACCUUGGAAACAUAAUGUAGAAUGUAUGGGACGCAUUCCCUUUAGCUGUUACAAAUAUUCCAUCUUGUAGCGAUGAGUUUGACACUCUAAUAUUUCUGUACAUUCCGGUGCUCUUGUCCAUUCCUCUUAAACACAAACAUGCUCAACAUGAACAUCUCAUGAGGCUUCUCAACUAAAAGGGCUGAUGUGACAUGAAGAAAGUGAUGGGAUGGUAAUGAGAAUUCUAUUUGUGCUACAGAAAGUAUGAGGUAUUUAAAGAAGGAAUGAAAAAGACAUCAGAAACUGCAGACCGGUCUAAUGUGAAUUUUACAUAUAGCAGGCAUCUCCAUGUGUUACUUGACGAAGUCUGCUAACAUAAAACUCUACUCUCCAUUUGCAACAGUGCAUUUUUGUAGCAGCACAGCAAUUUCUCUGGUUUUUGGGAACAAAGUUGGCUGAAAAAACAAGCCUGUAAAGCAACAUAAAUACAUUCUCUAUCAAAUGUAGAAACUGCACGAUCUCUAAAAACCCCUACUGGAUGAUCUCAUUGUCAAAACUGGACACAACUUGUAUUUCUGUGAACGUUUUACAGGUUAAUAAUCUUCCAGGCUACUGUGUCUACUCACUUUACUGUAAUUUUAAUGUAUAGUAUUUAACCACUGAGAAGAUUCAUUUAAGCUCAUCUAAUGUGUCAUUAAAAACAUGACAAAAUAAAAGUAAACAACAAAAAAAGUUUUCCUAAAUGUACAGAUAUUUUGCUACAAACCAUGUUUUGUUUUUUACUUAAUUCACAUUACCAGAUGGUUAAUAUUGUACAUAUUGUUUAAACAAAAGUUUUCAUUGCCUUGUGCUAUACAACUUGAAUGUUAUUUUAACUUAUAGUUUUUGUUUCCAUUUGUGUAUAUUUAAUUAAGCCAAAUGCAGCGAGAAAUCCACAGUAGUGCUUAAUCAUAACGUUCCACCGUCGUGCAGAAAGCAGCGGGUUGCUCAGUUUGCUUUGUGGGAGCGUCACAGGUGCAGCAAAGCCAGGAAAAUGGCCACACUAACUGUUAAAACUAGUUUCUAUUAGUUGACCUGUAAUGACCUGCUUCUGUGGCUUAGUGAUCCACCCUCCUGUAAAUGUCUCCACUGAAGCCUGUGAUGCCAUUCAGCUCUAUUUUUCUCAACUUCACUGUCUGUAAUAGCAGCAUUUCUCUAACUGGAUAAUACUGGCAUGUUUUUUUUUUUUUUUUUUAAACUUUCACCAGAAAUGUAUUUUAGGCAGUUUGUGCUUAUUACAAAAUAACAAGCUUUUUUAAAUUAGGUGAUAUGAGAUUUUCAAUGAUCAAAUAAACUAUUUACAAUGA